CAUUGAUUCACUAUCGGUUCAGGCUAUCAUUGCCAAGCGUCAAAAAUAAAAUGCAUUCUUUGAUGUUGCAUUUUCAAAUCACAUCCUUAGAUUAAAUUUUUUACAGAAAAUAUGUUAUUCGUUUCUCGUCUCUCUCUAUUGAUCGUUAAAAAAAUUCGAGCGACAGUCACGAACGGUAAUGAAGUCGCGAUAAUCGGCGAAGAAUAUAAAACAGCGCAGAAGCAUCGCACAAAUUGACUGUGAGCACGAGUGAACACUUUGCAAUGUACAUACACUGUACGAUGUCGAAGGUAUUGACACUCUCGAAAAUUCAUUGAACCGAAAUAUUUUAUACAUUGAAGGAUCGAAAGAAUAUUAAUUCAAGGUACAUGAAAAUGUUUAGCAACGUAAGAGGUUCUAUCAUACGGUACAUACGAAAAUAUGGACAACGAAGACAUAUUCGACAUUCGAUAAACACGUUUGCAAACAAUAUGAGCCGAUGUCAAUCAGAGGAAUUGUCUGCAACCCCUUGUCGAGCAUGCGGUCAACCAACCGCGAUAACGCAUCCUCAUUUGAUUAAAAAAGGGGAAGUUGUACCAGGUAUCCAGCUUAACGAAUUUAAAAGUAGGCGAAUUAAGUUGAUGGAAAGCAUUUUUUUGCAUGAUUCCGUUGCAAAUGUAGACGGAUCCCAUAUUGUAAUUAUUCCAUCAGCUUCGAAAGUAUACAUUUCUGACAAAAUCCCGUACGUAUUUCGUCAAAAUACGGACUUCUUAUAUUUCACUGGUUGUCAAGACCCGGACAGUGUUUUGGUAAUUACAGCAAAGAAUGAAAAUUUUUCAACUGUGUUAUUUGUAAGACAGUCAGACGAGCAUUCUGAAUUAUGGGAUGGACCUAGAACCAGAGUCGAAGAUGCCCCUAGAUUGUUUGGCAUUGACUUAGCACUUCCUGUAACAGAGUUUGAACAGUUUUUGGUUUCAUUUCUAAAUGAAAACAAUAAAUGUGUUAUGUGGUAUGAAAGUAACGAUGUAGUGCAACAAAACUUGCAUAAAAAGUUACUUGAAUUAAUGAAAAAAACUAAUAAUAAAAAAUUUGUUUCUCCUACAAGUAUAAUUCAUAAAAUCAGAUUAAUUAAGUCUCCAUCAGAAAUUGAUUUAAUGAAAAAAAGCUGUGAAAUUGUUUCUACUGCAAUAGUUAAAACAAUAGAAAUAUCAAAACCAAAAAUGACUGAGCACCAAUUGUUUGCAACUGUGGACUAUGUAUGUCGUAUGAAUGGAGCAGAAAUUUUAGCAUACCCACCAGUUGUUGCAUCGGGUAAAAAUGCUAAUAUUAUUCACUACAUUAAUAAUAAUCAAUUUAUUCAAAACAAGGACAUAGUUUUAAUGGAUGCAGGAUGCGAAUAUCAUGGUUAUACAUCUGAUGUAACCAGAACAUGGCCAAUCAAUGGCAAGUUCACGCAAGAACAAAAACUUUUAUAUGAUAUUAUAUUAGAUAUUCAGAACAUUUUAAUUUAUAGACUGAAAGAAAUGCCUACGUUGGACUCAUUAUUCCAUGAUAUGUGCUUUUUAUUAGGCACGAGCUUACAAAAAAUUGGAUUGAUACCAACAAAUUUGACCGGUGAUAAGUUACUUUCAGCUGCAUACAUGUAUUGUCCACAUCAUGUAAGUCACUAUUUAGGAAUGGAUGUGCACGAUACAGGAAAAAUUUCUAGAAGUAUAAAACUCCAACCAGGAAUGAUAGUAACUGUAGAACCAGGUAUAUACAUAAACUCGAGAAAUCAAUUUGCACCACCACAAUUUCAUGGUUUAGGUGUACGCAUUGAAGAUGAUAUUUUGAUAACAGAAAACGGGCCAGUAAUAUUAACUGAAAGUUGUCCAAAGGAAACUGCGGUAAUAGAAACUUUAGCAAGUAAAAACCAGUAAUUGUAAUGAUUAAACAUCUAACAUAUCAAAGUUAUCAAUGCAAAAAAUUGUUUCUUGAAUGACAUAGUAACAGUACAAAAUUAUCAUUGCAAGUAUCGAAAAUGUGUAUGCAUUUUUGUUAUUCAAAAAUUUGCUUCAGUGGAAACAAAUGAAUAUUAUAUACUUGUAACCAAUAAAGAAUCAUGAGGAGAAACAGUAAUAUUGUAUAUACAAAGAGUGCUAGCAUGAACAUUUAGAUAUUAAAUCGAUUACAAAUUAAACUUGUAAGAAUAUAUAAUAUAUAGUAUUUGUAAGAAGUAAACACAGUUACUGUUAAUUGGCAAGUAUAUUGAAGAAUGAAUGAAA